UUGGAUAACACCCUUUCUAACCGCGAACGAAGCUAACCAUGGCCGUCUCAUAAACCCCAAAUCCAACCUCCUCCCAAUCCCUUCUCACUUUACAAAAAAAUAAAAAAAAAUAAAUAAAAAAGCCAUGAAUGUUUGCAUUUCUUGCACUCUCAACCCAUCGCCUCUUCUCCUCUUCUCAAACCCAUCAACCACAAGACCCAAUUCCCCAAAAAGAAGGGGCUCAAGUGUAAAAUCCCAGCUCAAGACUGUCGAGUCCAAUCCAGUGACGUCUUCGUCCGGUCCGGUUCCGACCCAUCGGGUCACUGUUCGUGAUCGGCAGCGGGGAGUUGUGCACGAGUUCCUCGUGCCCGAGGAUCAGUACAUUUUGCAUACCGCUGAGUCGCAGGACAUAACUCUUCCCUUUGCUUGCAGGCAUGGUUGCUGUACUAGCUGUGCUGUUCGAGUAAAAUCUGGGCAAAUUAGACAACCUGAAGCUCUUGGGAUUUCUGCAGAACUAAAAUCUAAGGGUUAUGCAUUGCUCUGUGUGGGCUUCCCAACUUCUGAUAUUGAGGUUGAAACUCAAGACGAGGAUGAGGUGUACUGGCUCCAAUUUGGACGAUAUUUUGCAAGAGGACCUAUCGAGAGGGAUGAUUAUGCACUGGAGCUGGCCAUGGGAGAUGAAUAAGAUAGGCGUAAUCAGUUUGGAAGUAUUGAUUUGAAAAGACGACCCAUAUAUUCUCUUUUGUGUAUUGUAUUAUCCAAUGUCAUCUGAAUCAAAAUAGACUGUAGAUUCAUCAGAAAAAAUUCGAGAACAUUUCUAACUAUUCAUUUUCUUCUUUGAUACAUUUGUAAAAAUAUGCCAUUACCUAGAUUAUAUGCUAUUCGAUCAUUCUGG